AUGGGACAAGCACGAAGCAAAGAAAACAGGGCAUUAGCACGAAAGACCCACUUCUCUCACCAGGAGAUUCGGCAUCUUCGGCAUAAUUUGGAAGCUUCAACGCCCAAACGAUCUGACAGCAGUAGCAUAACAGAAGAUGUCUUUCGAGAGACAGUCAAGAAAUAUGUGCCUUCAAUGUCCCCGAAUGACGAUAUAUUCUUAAAGCGACUUUAUGCUGCGUUUGAUGUCGACAACAACAAGUCAAUAGAUUUCGAAGAAUUUGUUGACGGACUAAGUGUGUUUAUGAAAGGCACAGCGGAAGAAAAACUCGCUUUAUCAUUCAAACUAUAUGAUGUGAAUCAUGACGGGUACCUGACGAAAACAGAGCUGGAACGUGUCAUGUUGCAACUGUCGCAUACAUUUUCUGAAGAAGACCAAACGGGAGAGAUCAAAGAUAUGAUUGCUCGUAUGUUUGAAGAUGUGGAUGUGGACAAUGAUGGCAAGCUGUCAUUCGACGAAUACAAAUUGUCUGCCAUGAAAGAACCCCUGAUUGUCGAUUUCAUUGAACAGUUUCUCGCCGAACAUAAUCUUUCCAACCAUCCAAGGGUACCUUCUCGACCGGGUUCCGUACGCUCCUUCCGAUCAGGCCGUUCAAUGACAGCCAUCAACGGCCGUCACAGCCCCAAGCCGCCAGGAUCGCCAUCGUCACUCACUGCUACCGCAGCUGCUGCAAAUAGUCACCACCGGCUAUCGAUCCGGCUUUCUCAAGCAGAACUCUUGGAAUACAGCCAUCAGCAGCAACAUCGUCUGAACAGCGGGCCCACCACGCCAACAUCUUCAAGUCACAGCCUGAAAUCACAAGCAAUGGGUCUGCCGCCAAGUCCGGUUCGUAGUGCAAGUCCUGUGGACCACGACGAACUCGAAAAGAAUCGGCGUGAACUGCUCGCUUCAGCAAACACGGUCAAUAACAUCACCGCUACCAACAACAACAACAGCAAUGAACAACAUACCUAA